GGAGACAAGUACGAGCUCCGAAGUCCGGAGGCUUUGAUGCUCCGAGCUCUGGCACUGGCAAGCCGUCGGACAAUUUUGGCGCCGUUGCAGAAUAGCUAAUACCUAUUUCCCUCCUCCCUAUUCUUCUGAAGAUAUACAGAAAAGCUCAGCCAAGAGUAAUUAUCGCGAUUAUGGCGUUUAAUCAGGAUUACCUGAAAACAGUAGUACCUUCUCAGCUCCUCGCGGAGCGCGGCUCCAAUCUCGUCGUCAUCAAUCCAGGUUCUGCAAAUAUUAGAAUAGGACGAGCUCAACAGGACAGUCCACUGAACAUUCCUCAUUGCAUUGCUCGUCGAACCAGCCAAGUGCCUAAAAGAAAUGUCCAGGAUCAAAUGCUCAAUUCUCAGGUUACAACCGCACAGCAUAUGGAGCGCGAAAGGGCUUAUGACAUUAUUGCAUCACUGUUGAAAAUUCCGUUCCUGGAUGAGGAGGUUCCUAAUAGCUCUUAUCCUCGGAAGAUGGGUCGAGUUGAUGCAUAUCCUCCACAAAAUAACAAGAAAGAGAUACCGUUCACUUGGACUGAGGUGUUUGAAAACACCCCUCCCCCUCCACCUUCAUCAGGAGGAGAUAAUAGCAUAACCAAUGGUGAAACUUCUGAGCCCCCCAUCACAAAGGAAAACAACAAUACCAUGGAACUAAGUUCAGGUGAACGCAAGUAUAAAGAGUACAUAUGUGGUGAAGACGCUUUGAGAAUAUCCCCCAAUGAACCAUAUUGCUUGCGUCGUCCAAUCCGCAGAGGUCACCUUAAUAUUUCUCAACAUUACUCGAUGCAGCAGGUUCUUGAGGACCUGCAAACUAUCUGGGAUUGGAUUUUGACUGAGAAACUGAAUAUCCCUCAGCAUCUAAGACAUAUGUAUGCUGCUAUUCUUGUUGUUCCAGAGACAUUUGAUAAUCGAGAAAUAAAAGAAAUGAUAUCUAUUGUUUUACGGGACUUGCAGUUCAGUUUGACAGUUGUCCACCAGGAAGGCCUUGCUGCAAUAUUUGGUAAUGGUUUGCCAACAGCAUGUAUUGUGAAUAUGGGUGCUCAGGUGACAUCUGUUAUUUGCGUUGAGGAUGGAGUAGCUUUACCUUCGACACUGAUUAGUCUACGUUACGGUGGAGAGGAUAUAUCAAGGUGCCUUCUCUGGACUCAGAGACAUCAUCAAACUUGGCCACCAAUUCGUACUGAUGCUUUUACAAAGCCUGUAGAUUUAUUAACGCUGAACAAACUUAAAGAGUCCUAUUGUAUGAUCAGAGAGGGAGAGGUUGAAGCGGUUGCUCAGGUUCAUUCAUAUGAAGAUGGCAUGGUACCUGGAUCACACAAGUCAAGGCUAACCGCUCUUAAUGUACCCCCAAUGGGUUUAUUUUAUCCAACACUUUUGGUCCCGGAUGUGUAUCCUCCCCCUCCUCGUUCUUGGUUUAAUGACUAUGAUGAUAUGCUUGAAGAUACAUGGCAUAUGGACUUUCCUGGCACCGGUGCAUUUCCGAUGUGGGAGAGCUAUCCAAUUUUUCAAUCCAAACCGAAGAGAGAAGAUAAUAUUGGUCUUGCAGAAGCUAUUGCGAAAAGCAUUCUUUCAACAGUUGUUGAUUCAAGUUGCGUAAAUAUCUUGUGGAAAAGUAAACGUUCUUCAAUGCUUCAGAUUGGUGGAGUUGCAUUGACUGACGGCCUUAUUCCUGCCGUCGAGGAAAGAGUUUUACACGCGAUUCCUUCACAUGAAGCAAUUGACACAGUCGAGGUAUUGCAGUCUAGAACAAACCCCGCUUUUGUAUCAUGGAAAGGUGGAGCAGUUCUAGGCAUUCUCGAUUUCACUCGAGACGGCUGGAUUAGUCGAGAGGACUGGAUCAGAAGCGGGAUCGACACAAGAAUCAGGAGGAAAUACAAGGAUUCUUAUUAUCUUCAGGCACAUACAAUGGCGUACAUAAAUUCAUAGCCUAGUUGCAAUACUUUCAUUGUACUUUCAGUUCCAACGAAGACUCAUUAUAUAUUACAGUAAUAUUCAUAACAGUGAUAUUGAAAAUUUUAUUAGUUA